AUGUCUGCCUUCGCUGAUCAGGAUCGCGUAGAUCAAGUCAUCGCUGGGACAGUAAUAUUGAUAACUGGUGUCAUUGGAACUGCUCUAAAUAUCUCGGCUGUCGCGCUGAUCUAUCGUACACCUUCCUUCCACAACGCUUUUGGUUACAUUUGUGCUUCACACUUGAUCGCCGAUGUUGGAGUACUCAUCAUCUUCUCGUUUUGGGUUGCCCCGGCCGCGUUGUUGGGUUAUUCCGAUUCAAUAACUCUAUCCUAUUUCGGAGAGAGGAUGGGACAACUUACCAUGAUAUUCUGGUUUAGUUCUGUCUAUGCCCAGGUACAAAUGGCUAUGAAUCGGCUUCUGGCCAUCUCUUCUCCACUAGUGUAC